AUGAGUGCUUCAGUGAAAUGUCCUGCUGGUUACUAUCAGCGUCAUAUUCAGCAUAUCAAGUGGCACUGGAGGGGUAUAUCUCAGUGUACAGAAUGCCCAGUUCACAUGUUCUGUGACAUUGAACAGUUGUCAGGACCAGCGGGUUUCUGUGAGGAUGGCUACUACUGUGAGAAGGGUGAACAACAGCCCAAACCUUCCGGGACGAUAUGUGGCCCAGGUGAAUACUGCGUGAAAGGGAGAAAAUUUCUCUGUGAGAAAGGUUUCUAUCAACCUUAUGGAGGAAGACACGAAUGUUUCGAGUGUCCGGAAGGAAUGUAUUGUGUGACUGAAGGACUCGCUGCUCCAAGUGGGAAUUGUGACAUGGGGUUCUAUUGUGGUAAACGAGAGAUAGAGUCUAGCCCCGCAACGCAGAAAUGCCCUGCAGGAUAUAUGUGUCCCAAUGCUGAACAAACAAUAUGUAGCAAGGGAUACUACCAGCCAUUAGAAUACCAAACCAGGUGCCUCCCGUGCCCGUUAGGUAAAUAUUGCCAAGAUACCGGAUUAUCAAGCCCAAGUGGUGACUGUGAUCCAGGUUGCUGCUUAGAUAUUGCACAAAUAAAUGCAUCAUCUUGCCCACCAGCGUCACCAACUACAUGCACUCAGGGUUUUUAUUAUGACCAAAGUGCUGGUAGGUGUGAGUUAUGUCCGGAAGGAAUGUACUGUGCAAUAUCUGGUCUGACAGAUCCGUCAGGUUCCUGUGAAACAGGGUGGUACUGCGAGAUAGGGGAGAUUACUCCAAUGCCAUUAGGAAAGCUCUGUCCAGCAGGACAUCAGUGUCCUACAGGUGUCAAAGUGCCUUGUUCCUCUUGGGUACGCGAUUCAGAGCCUUAUGUUGGACAUACUCAGUAUUUAUACCAGCCGGAACGAGGCCAAACCUCAUGUAUAGAGUGCCCUAAUAGGUAUAAUUGUACGGAACAAGGUUUGACAAUUGCAGAAAAUUAUUGUCGUCCUGGAUACUGGUGCUUCUUUGGUCUCAUACUUGACUGUGAAAUAGGCCAUUAUUGUGUAAAUGGUGAAAUGUUUCCUUGUCGAAAUGGGUUUAAAUCUUUAGCAACUAAUCAAGAGAGCUGUGUAAGAUGUAGUGACGGCGAACUUUGUGAGGACGGGCAAGUCUUGCCCUGUCCAGCAAACAUGGUCUGCUACCACGGCAUUGCAGAAUUCUGUCAACUUGGCAACGAAUGCUCAUUUGUUGAUGGAGCUUAUGAACUUACACUUUGUGAUCUUAGUAAUGAGCGAUAUGACGUAAGCCAGACAGGAUGUGGGCCAUGUAGAGAAUUUAGGUACUGCUUGAAGGGAAACAGCUACGAGUGCUUUCGUAACCAUAUUGGCGACCUUUGCUUACAGAAUAAUCACUACAAGCCAGAAAUGAUAAUAAGUCAACCAGGAACGCAUUAUACACUGACGUAUGAAUCCCAAGACACAAACCGAGGUUAUGAUAUCAAACAGUGUGAGCCUGGUACCUAUCAGAAUACAACGUUUAAACCUUCAUGUGAGUUAUGUCCCGGCGGAAUGUACUGUACUGUCAAUAGAAUACAGCCAGAUGGUUAUUGCAGAGCGGGAUACUACUGUCCUAAAGGGUCCAAAUCUGAGACAGAAAUAGAAUGUCCAGCGGGAUUUUAUUGCCCAGCUAGAAGUGAAAUUCCUAUACAUUGUCCGAGGGGAAGAUUUCAACCAAAUUCUGGCCAGGGGAGCUGUUAUGCUUGCACCAGAAGAUACUAUUGCGCAACUCCAGGUCUUACGGCUGUUACAGCAGUCUGUCCUUCAGGUCAUGGUUGUGGGUCAGGGGUGGCAGACCCAUCACCAUGUGGGAAGGGAAGAUAUAAUCCCUAUACAGGGAAAUUGAAUUGUUCCCCCUGCGUGCCUGGAACUUACUGUCCUGGACUAACAACUGGUUGGCCGAAUCAUUGCCCCCAUGGUUACAAGUGUCCAGGUUAUGGGACUGUAACUCCUACACCGUGUCCACAGGGAACAUAUCAACCUUCUGCACGUCAGGGUUACUGUCGGAAUUGCACUAGUGGAUAUUAUUGUCCAACGACAGCUCUUCGGUAUCAAGAGAUUUGUCCCAGUGGUUCGAAGUGUCCUGAUUCAGGUGGUGGUGGUAUAUAA